ACAUCAUUUUAAACAACUGUCGCCCGAAGUGAAUUCACGCUGUUUCCAAAUUGUUGUCUGCAGGUCUGUGUUUAAACGUGUGUUUAUUCAUGGCAAAUGGAUAUAAAGAAGUACUAUUUACACGAGGCAUUGGACAAAGUGAUGAUUCUGAUAUCUGGGAUGAUACAGCGUUAAUAAAGGCAUAUGACAAGGCUGUGGCAUCCUUUAAGAAUGCCUUGAAGAGUGAGGAUAACACUGAGUUACCUAAAAAAGGAAAAUCACCAGCUGGAAAGAAGCGUAAAAGCAACAAGAAGAGCAAAAGCCGAAAGAAAAACAACGCUAUCCCAGACAAGGAGUGGAAGAUUGGGGAUUCCUGCAUUUCUGUUUGGUCAGAAGAUGGCAUUGCCUAUCCAGCUACUAUUAAAUCUGUAGACCAUGAGAAAGGCACUUGUAUUGUUGUUUACACUGAUUAUGGGAAUGAGGAGGAGCAGAGCCUAUUGGACCUUCAGUCUCAGAAUUCUGAGGAAGAGGUUGAAAUGGGAAAUGCUGCCCAGGAGAAUGAUCCUGAGUUUUCAACUGAUGACAGUGACAGGUCGUCCACCCCGCACCUGCCCAGUCAGGCUAAGCCCAAAGCCAGAUCUCCUCCAGGACCCCCUCUGUGGAAUCGUGGUUUUCCCCCUCCCCCACCGCCAAUGCCAGGGUUUGGCAUGGCUGAACCAAGAAUUGAUGGACCUGCUGCUGCCUUCCCUGGCUGGCCUCCAUUAAUUCCAGGUGGACCUCCGCUGAUCCCCCCUCCACCUCCAUUGGGUCCAGACUUCACAGAAGAUUAUGAAGCCUUGGGCAGCAUGCUAAUCGCAUGGUACAUGAGCGGAUACCACACGGGCUAUUAUCUAGGACUAAAGCAGAGCCAAAGGGAUUCUGCUUCAGGAAAUAAGUCCCAGCACAAAUGAGCAGUGCGGGUCUGGUCUUUGCCAGAAAAUAUGUGGACAUCUCUCCCAGGGAGAGCAGUGAAACCUUCAGCAACUGCCGCUACCAUUUUUUUUUUAACCAUGGAGUUUGUAUUUGUUGUAAAUAAAAGAAAAAUGAAAAAA